AUGGGAGACUCUUCUGUGACCAAGUCUUCAACUUCAAAGGACACAGCUGAUACUCAACAUGAUGCUGUGAUGUCCAUCACAGAUCCUACUCACCCUCUUUACCUCCAUCCGUCUGAUUCACCAGGCUUGCUUUUGGUGAACUCAACCUUCGAUGGAAAAGGCUAUGGAGGAUGGAGAAGAAGAUUCCUUAUUGCCUUGUCUGCUAAGAACAAGGUUGGUUUCAUAGAUGGAACCAUCCUUCAACCUAAGAUCUCCUCUGAUUCAUUCAAGCCUUGGUGUCGCUACAAUGAUAUGGUCAUAUAUUGGGUCCUCAACACUCUCUCUAAGGAAAUAGCAGAGAGUGUACUCUACUCCAAAACUGCCAAAGAGAUCUGGGAAGAACUUGAGGAAAGGUAUGGUCAAAGCAAUGGGCCUCAAUUGCAUCAUCUGCAAAAGGAGAUAAGUCAGACAAUGCAAGGAAAUAUGGACAUCCGUACUUACUAUACUAAGCUGAAAAGGCUCUGGGAUGAGCUUGACAGCUUAGAUAAUUACCAACAUUGUUCAUGUGAAUACACUUGUGGAGGAAAGACCAAGACAUUUAAAUCACUCCAUGAUGGGAGGCUCAUUCAAUUCCUGAUGGGGUUGAAUGAUGCAUAA